AUGAGAGAUGACAAUGGCACAGAAGUGAUUGAGUUCAUUUUAUUGGGGUUCUCAGGCUUUGGCUCUCUCCAGGGCCAUCUGUUCUGGGGUGUGCUGUCUAUCUAUGUGGUUACCUUGCUGGGCAAUGCUCUGAUCAUCCUCCUCACAGUGGCAGACUCCACCCUCCACUCCCCCAUGUACUUCUUCCUGCGUCACUUCUCCCUGGUGGAGAUCCUCUACACCACUACCAUUGUGCCUAGGAUGUUGGCUGACCUCCGGUCUUCUCGCCCCACAAUUCCCCUUGCCAGCUGCUUCAUUCAGCUAUAUUUCUUUGCCCUUUUUGGCAUUGCUGAAUGCUGCUUGCUCACUGCCAUGGCCUAUGACCGAUAUGUUGCCAUCUGCUGUCCCCUGCACUAUACCACCCUGAUGAACCAGGCUACGUGUGCCAGCAUGGCGGGGGCCUCUUAUCUCGCGGGCAUCAUCACUGGCACCACUCACUCUGUCUUCAUCUUCACUUUGCCCUUCCGUGGUGCCAACACCAUCCACCAUUUUCUCUGUGACAUCCUGCCUGUGCUGAGACUGGCUAGUGCAAGCACUUUCUGGGGUGAGGUGGGGAAUCUUGUCAUCACGGUAGCUUUUAUCUUCAUGCCCUUCUCACUGAUUGUGGCCUCUUACACCCGUAUUCUUGCCACCAUCCUUGGUGUUGCCACAUCCCAGGAACGACAAAAGGUCUUUUCUACCUGCUCCUCCCAUUUGUUUGUGGUCGUACUCUUUUUUGGGACUGCCACUGUUGCCUAUAUGAGGCCUCAGGCCGAUUCCCUUGGAGAUACAGACCAGAUUCUCACCAUGUUCUACACGGUGGCCACCCCCAUGCUUAACCCUUUUGUUUAUACUCUGAGGAACAAGGAGGUCACAGGAGCCAUGAGGCGGCUCAUGAAGAGAUACCUUUGGGGUCCUUGA